GAAUUUCACUACGAAUACUGAUUCUUUUUCAUCCUUUCAAUUCAUUUUGGAUGGAAAGAUGCAAACUUUUUUUUUCCUGAUGUUUUAAGUUAAUAAAAUUAGGUUUGUUAGAUUCUCAACAAAAAUAGUUGUUUGAGGAAUCCCAGUGUAAAAUUAAGUCCUUUCUUAUUUUUCAGUGCAUCUCUAAAUGAGCGUGAUUUCAUUUAAGACUGCAGUUGAUAGAGUUCAUGUUUGUUUAUUUAUUUAUUUAUUUUCUUUUUGGGUUGUAUUUAGUUCAUGUAAUUGUUCCUGCUAAUUGAAUUUUUUUACAUUUGGUUUUAUUUUGUAUUGAAUGCCAAACUAAAUAUAGAUUGUUCUUUUUGGUCACCAAUUUGCUUGAUUGCUGAACUAUGGAAUCUGUGAUCCAGUCCAUCCCAAGCCAUUAAGGGGGGACAAAGGGUAAAAAUGUAUCCUAAUCAUCCCUUCUUUGAGGAAAUUCUCAAUACAUCCAUAAUGUCUAAAUCUGCAAAGAAGGGAGAGGAAACUGUGGGGUGUGUGAACUGUUGGAGUCAGGUAAAUACUCUCUACAUACAGUACUCUACUGGGAACAUCCGUUCGAUGAAAUGUGACAAUCGUAAGGCUGUUGCUGAUACCUACAUUGAAUGUGAGUUCAUGAUUAUUUUGAUUGAUAUGAUUUUGCACAAGCCAACGGCGUAUCGGCAUUUGCUAUAUAAUAUGCUGAGUUUUAAGUUAGAAGACAUCAAGGUACAAAACUUUGUAAAUUUUUAAAUUUCAACAAGUUACAUUGUACCUAUUUUAAGUUCAACACUUACCUUUUCCUUUGCACAGCUGAGUGCUUCCUCUUCUACAUUUCCGAUUCUCUGUUCAAUUCUUGAGUCACAGAACAUUUCACUUUUAGAGAAUCAAUCUAUGAGUGUCUUUUUUUGUUUUUUGGUUGUCUCUUUAGUUCCCUGCUGUAGUGGGGCUUUGCGACAUCCGCCCUUGGGAAAUAUUGUACAGGUAUGUUGGGAAGGACA